AUGCAGAAAUCUCCCCCUCCUAGCCCCCGAGGCAAAGCCAGCGAGGCAGCCGGAGUGUCCAAGACCGGCAAGGCCAAGUCCAAAGGUCCCAUCCCAGCCACUGCAGCGCCGCCGCCGCCGCCGCCGUCGCGCGGACAACCACCCAGGGCGCGACGAUUGAGCACUCCGGACUCGGACCCGAUAGUGACCUCUAGAAGGACGAGGAGUCGGGCCCAGGCCGCCGCCGCCGCCAACACGGCAGACGAAUUCGCCGCGGGCGGCGCUCCGCCCAUCGUGUCGCCAAAGUACAAGACGAAGCGGGCGCUCAAGCAGGCCAUCAAGGACGCGCUGGGCCCGGCGUACGUGAGUCCGACUCCCGCGCCUGGCGCAAAAGCUUCGGGGUCGAAGAAGACAAAGGUUGCCGGUCCUUCGAAGAAGGCGAAGAGUUUGGGAAAACCGACGAAGGUGACGAAGAAGAAGAAUAUGGUGGUGGCGAACGAGGAGGACAAGAAGAAGGAGAAGAAGAAGAAGAAGGAGAAGCAGAAGAAGACGGCGACGAGUCCUCCCAAGCCGGAAAAGGAAAACGAACCCCUGGCGCCGCCGGCCGUCAGCAUUCCCGAUGUCAUGCCUGCGGACCUUUCCCCGUACUGGUCCGAGGACGAGGUCGCCCCUCUUCCUCCGCCGAGGAAGGUCCCAAACAAGUCAAAAGGGACGAUGACAUCCACCUAUGGAGCUGCCCCGGAGAAGACUGGUGAGGUGGAGGUGGAGGCGAAGAAGGAGAAGCCGGACGAGGAGACGCAGGAGACGCAGGAGAAGCAGAAGCAGGAUCUGAAGGACAAGGCUGAGAUCGACAAACCUACUACUGCUGCUGCUGCUGCUGCAGCACAACAACAACCAGGACCCAACAGCGAAGCGGCCCCGAAGAAAACGACAAAAGCUAAGCCAAAGGACAAGGCCAAGGCUACUAAGAAGACUACCGAGCCCAAGAUUGCCGCCGCCAGCACAAAGGUUACCAAGAAGAAGACGUCCGAGAAGAAAGCUGCCCCCGUCAAGAAAGGCGCUGCACAGUCCCAGGAUGGCCCGGCGAAGCGCGUCACGAGAAGCAUGGCCAAGGCGCAGUCCAAGUCGACUUGA